AUGGCCAAACCUCAAGUAACCCUCUAUUUCGACCUCCUCAGCCCGUUCAGCUAUAUCGCAUUCCACAUCCUCAAACUAGACCUCCCCCAUUUUCAGGACCUGUACAAUAAGGUACACCCCAGUCCUCCUUCGCGAUCUCUUCCAACAAUGCCAGAACACACCCCCACUCGCCGUCAAAAGUAUAACCCUCCCCCUUCUCCCUCAACCAACAUGUUUCUCAAGAUAAAUCAAGAGCCUAACAAAGGAGGAAAAGAUAAAUCCGCCUGGCUCAACAAUCAACGCCUCUACUGGUCCCGCCGUCUUAACCUCCCCAUGUGCAAAACCACGCCCCAGGGUUUCCCUUUCCCGACUGUCGAAAUACAACCCGUUCUCUGCGUGAUCAGCGAACGGUUCCCUUAG